AUGUUAAACUCUACACAGGUUUCAUAUUUCACACUUGCCGCCUACUUUGACACUGGACUGUUUAAAUAUGUAUACUUCAUAAUUGUCACGUGUCUCUUUAUUUUUGUUCUUUGCUCCAAUCUCCUGCUCAUUGUGGUUAUCUGCAUGAACAGAAGCUUACAUGAACCUAUGUACAUUUUCCUGUGCAGCCUGUUUGUAAAUGAACUGUAUGGUAGUACAGGGUUGUUUCCAUUCCUGCUGGUUCAGAUCCUCUCUGACGUUCACACUGUUUCUGCUUCACUUUGCUUCCUGCAGAUUUUUUUUGUCUACUCUUAUGGAAAUAUAGAAUAUUUAAACUUAGCCAUCAUGUCUUAUGACAGAUAUCUCGCUAUCUGUCAUCCUCUGCAAUACAACACACGUAUGACAUACAACAGAGUUGCCUUGCUUAUUGCUCUAACGUGGUUUCUCAUAUUCCUUGUGAAUUUUCUUACAAUGCCUUUGAUUGUUCCUUUACAGCUGUGCGGGAACAUCAUUAACAAAGUGUACUGUGAUUACUACUCCAUUGUAAAACUGGCCUGCUAUGACACCACAGCUAAUAACAUCUAUGGACUGGCUGUUAGUGCCUGCUCAGUCUUUGGGCCUCUAAUUUUAAUCUUUUACACGUACAUGAAGAUUUUUAAAGUUUGUUUUUCUGGCUCUAAACAGACCAGACAAAAAGCUGUCAGUACCUGCACACCUCACCUGGCUUCUCUGAUUAACUUUUCGUUUGGAGCUUGUUUUGAAAUACUGCAGAGCAGGUUCAACAUGAACAGAGUACCAAAUACACUGCGAAUCUUUUUAUCUUUAUACUUUCUCACAUGCCCGCCGCUCUUCAACCCUGUAAUGUAUGGCCUGAAACUGUCAAAAAUCCGACUCACAUGUAAAAGCCUGAUUACAAAUGGACGCUAUUAGCAUUAGCAGCCACCGAACUGUGCACUGUAUUAGAAUUUGAAACAUAAAUCAAAUCAAAUCAAAUCAGGCUUUUAUUGUUACCGUACUGUGCAACUGCAGUGCAGAUAAAAUGAGACAACGUUUCCUGGGAUUGGGAAAGUGAAGGUCAAAACAAAAGAAUAAAUAUUGUAAUAAUAAAUACUAAA